AUGAGGGAUGAAGAGCGGUUCCUCCAUGUAACCAACACCAUCCUAGAGGAUUGUUUCGGCAAGGAAGAGAGGGAUGGUGAAGUUGCACAUGACGUCAUAGCCGCCAUGCAAAAGCACUUCGACCAACCUCCCACAUCGGCAAUGCAAACGGUCCUAAGUCGAAACCUUGCCGACGCCCAGGUCAGACAGAUCCUUUUCUGGCCCACGGACGAGGAAAUCUCGCUUUACCCGUCCUUGCUCGCCGUCUCGAACGAGAAUGCACAGAAAGACAAAUCCGUCACAAAGACGCUCACUUCUGCCAUGCCCAUGCUAUAUCUGCGGCACUGCAGGGAAUGGAAGUUAGCAAGAAUCUUCAUCAUGUCGGGAGGCUAUUCAGCCUUAUCGAAGCUCUUGAUUGACAAGAAUCUCUACUUGCGCUCUCAAGCUAUGGAAACCUUGUCUCUCUUGACUGACCAGAAUGACAACAUCGACUGGUUGAACACGAAGAACAUUGAUUCCGAGAUCCACAAGCGUCUGUUUCAGAUGAACAAAGGAGAAAUGAUACCGAACCUGUUGGCCAACAUGAGGAAUUCUUACCCCGGGGGGAGCUACACCGCCUUGAGAAUCUUGGCCUUCUUUCUGUCUUGGGUCCGAGCUUUGUACACAAAGGACAAAGUCCUUCACGUGUCCAAGAAGGUUCUAGAAGCCUUCGAUCAGUGGAAGAAGCUUGAAGACAUAUCUGAAGAGGAGAGGAAGCUCGCAACCACGUUGCUAGAAGAUUUCGGGCGUUGGCCCACUGCAGAGGAUCAAAUCGCUAGCGAUUCCGCGAAGAAGCUAGAGAAGAACGCUCUCAUGUACGGCGCAAAGUGGCAGGACAGGAACAACAAUUCAGCAGGAAAUGAUUCCCCACUUUCGAAGAAGCCAGUAGAAGAAACUCGCUCGCAAAGCAUGCAUGCGCCUUGCGAUUCGCAAGCAAGCAAGAGCAAUCAGCACAGGCGAAGGAAUGAGGAUGAUGUCAAAGCUGCGAUAGAAUACCGCACAGAGGGGAAUGCUCUGCUCAAGGACGGCGAUCUUGAAGGCGCAGUUGCCAAGUACACUCUUGCGAUUGACUUGAACCCCGACGACCCUGUCCUCUACAGCAACAGAGCACUAGCUCGACUUAUGCUUUCCCCCCAAGGAGGAUCUAAAGUGUUGGAGCAGGCUUGUGACGAUUGUUCGAAAGCUCUUGAGCUCGACGAGAAGCUACCUAAAGAAGACCCAGCUGUCAUCAAGCUGAGUGAGGAAAUCAAGGCACUUCUACGGCAGAAACAGCAGAUCUCCAAGUAA